UAUUGAUAACGAUAAUUAUAAGAUUCCCUGUAUAAAUACUGAUAUUUGCUUUUUCUCUGACUAUUAGUGCAUUACAUUGGUCAAGAUGAGGGCUAACUUUGUUUCAGCUGUUGUACUCAGCUUGGUGGCUGCGAGCUUCGCCGCUGAUCUCGACGAAGUAUGCGGGCCAACCGACCAGGCGGCGUACCGCCCCUGCCCCACCCUAAACCUGCCCUGCAUCAGGAACUACGUGCAGGUGCGCUCCCCGUGCCAGGCCUUCGCCCCCGGUCCCAGCGACUCCUUCAUCAUGGAGCCAGUCGAGCUGUCCACCGCCCAGUUCAACCUCACCGCCAUGCAGUACUCCAACUCUGUCGGCGGCAUGAGCCGUGGGGAGAUUGUUGAGUUCACUAUCAACCCCGAGAAGGACAUGAUAGUCCUGACCAUCAAGUACACGGGCCUGGUGAUGACCAACCGCUACGAGUUCGCGUACCACCAGCCCGGCAAGGAGCCCAGAGAGUUCGACGGCGUCUCCGACGAGCGAUUCAACGUAGUGAACAUCACGUCCAUCGUGAAGGGCAUCAACAACCCGCAGUGGGACUCCGCCAUCCACGUGCACUCGCUCGACACCAUCGAGUACACCCUCGACGGAGAGUGCUUCAACGUUGAAGAUGAGGUCCUGGGACCCCUGCUGGAGGAGUUCACGGCCAACAUCGACGUGGUGAUCCAGGAGACGUUCCUCGCCCGCAACGAGCAGCUGCAGCGCUACUACAUCGACAACAACCUGUGCAACUUGAAGAAGAACUAGACGUGAUUACUAUUUUUUAAUAAAUAAAAGGAUUUUUUAACUAAUA